CGCGUGGGGCCACUGACCCAAAUGGGUAUUAUGGGGUCUGAGGCAGGAGUGGCAGGCCUAGGGGAUGAAGACCACCCUGGCCUCAUUCUGGACCCCUUCACCUACCCUCAGUUCUGGUCAGCGUCCGUCUCAUGCCAGACCCAGGACCAGACUGCCAUGCGCCUCGCCCUGGAGCAGAUUGACCUCAUUCGCCGCAUGUGUGCCUCCUACUCCGAACUCGAGCUUGUGACCUCAGCUGAAGGUCUGAACAGCUCUCAAAAGCUGGCCUGCCUCAUUGGCGUGGAGGGUGGUCACUCACUGGACAGCAGCCUGUCUGUGCUGCGCAGUUUCUAUGUACUGGGAGUGCGCUACCUGACACUCACCUUCACCUGCAAUACACCAUGGGCAGAGAGUUCCACCAAGUUCACACACCACAUGUACACCAAUGUCAGCGGGUUGACAAGCUUUGGUGAGAAAGUGGUAGAAGAAUUGAACCGCCUGGGCAUGAUGAUAGAUUUGUCCUAUGCAUCAGACACCUUGAUGAGAAGGGUCCUGGAAGUGUCUCGGGCUCCUGUGAUCUUCUCCCACUCAGCUGCCAGAGCUGUGUGUGACAAUUCAUUGAAUGUUCCCGAUGACAUCCUGCAGCUUCUGAAGAAGAAUGGUGGCAUCGUGAUGGUGACACUGUCCAUGGGGGUGCUGCAGUGCAAUCUGCUGGCUAACGUGUCCACGGUGGCAGAUCACUUUGACCACGUCCGGGCAGUCAUUGGAUCUGAGUUCAUCGGGAUUGGUGGAAAUUACGACGGGGCUGGCCGGUUCCCUCAGGGGCUGGAGGACGUGUCCACAUACCCAGUCCUGAUAGAGGAGUUGCUGAGUCGUAGCUGGAGUGAGAAAGAGCUUCAAGGUGUCCUUCGUGGAAACCUGCUGCGGGUCUUCAGACAAGUGGAAAAGGUGAGAGAGGAGAGCAGGGCGCAGAGCCCCAUGGAGGCUGAGUUUCCAUAUGGGCAACUGAGCACAUCCUGCCACUCCCACCUCGUGCCUCAGAAUGGACACCAGGCUACGCAUCUGGAGGUGACCAAGUGGCCAACCAGUCGGGUCCCCUGGAGGUCCUCAGAUGCCUCCCCAUACCUUCUUCCAGGCCUGGUGGCUGCUGCCACCUUCCCAACUGUCAUCCAGUGGCUUUGCUGACACGGCCGGUCCCCCAAGAGGUGACUGUGGCAAAGUCUCACGAAGCCCCCCGUCCUAGUUCAUUCAUAAGCACGUGCUGAGAAUAAACAUUUUACACAUGGA